AUGGAUUUGAAAUCAACACUUCUGCUCACUGGAGGCUCUGCCGGCUCUUUCAAACUGCUCAAUGCAGUCAUCAGAGUCCUGCCAACACCGCAGCCGGCACAGAGGAAAGCCUGGAAAUGGAGGAAUGUCAGCACGUCGUUAGCUCACAGCUGCCUGACAGGAGCGGGGGCUGUUUUAUGCUUUUACCGUCACCCUCAGAUGAUGGAGGACCUGAUCUCCUUUUGCUCCCUGCACUCCCACAGUCUUGUAGCUGUAUCCACAGGGUAUUUUAUCCACGACUUCCUAGACAUGGCCUUGAACCAGCCCUUCAAACAGUCCUGGGAUCUACUCCUCCACCACUCUUUGGUGAUCUCAUGCUUCGGUUUGGCUGUGACGUCCCGCCUCUAUCUAGGUUUUGCAGUGAUGUCUCUGCUGGUAGAGAUCAACUCUGUUUUCCUUCAUCUCAGACAGCUCCUCGUCCUCUCAGGAUGGAGGAACAAGCCAGGCACUGAACUCACCGCCCCUCAGCCCUCUCUCGCCUACAGCAUCACCAGCUGGCUCAACCUGGGAACGUUUCUGUUGUUUCGUGCCUGCACGCUGGGCUGGAUGAGCCGCUGGCUGGCCCGUCACAGUGAACACAUUCCUCGUUAUGUCCUGAUGAUGGGGGCCGCCGGCCUGAGUCUCAUCUCCACCAUGAACGUGGCGAUGUUUUAUAAAAUGUUUAAAGUGGAUAUCCUCAAAAACAUGCGCAAUACCACUGAGAACCACUAG